AAAAUUUUUAUCAUUUCUUCUUUGACCUCUUUCCCUCAAAAUCCAAAUGACCAUCUUAGUUGAACGUAACUCCAUCCACUAAAUUAUAUAAAUACAGUUUGCUUUCCAAAUAUCCCUAUAUCUAGCUACUUGACUCAUACAUACACAAAAAUCACAAAAUUACCCAAUUGAUACCGCGCCACGGAACAAAAAUGGAAGCCUCAACGAAGACCACGUCCAGUAUUAAUUUGAAGCUUCUCAUCGAUCCAAGAGGCCAAAGGGUCCUAUUCGCCGAAGCGAAGAAGGAUUUUGUUGAUUUUUUAUUCACCCUUAUGUCUUUGCCAGUUGGUACGGUAAUAAAUCUGCUGUCAAGCAAUGCCAUGAUUGGUACUCUUGGGAAGCUUUACCAGAGCAUUGAGAAUCUCGAUGACACUUAUUUGCAACCAAAUGUUGACAGAGAAACCGUGUUGAACCCCAAAGCACCAGCUCUUUACGGUGCAAAUGCAAUCCCUCUUUUGUUGCCCAACAAUAACAUUGGUCAAGAGCAUGCAGAUAAAAAUAUGUAUGUAUGUUCAAAUAUGAUCUCUAGCGGAUACAGCCGAAGCGACCAUCUGUAUGUGGCGGAUGAUUCCAAGGCCAUAUGCCCUCAGUGCAAGAGCAGGAUGUCUGUAGCAGUGAAUUAUGUUGUAGGUGCCCAGAAGAUUGGAGAGAAUGAAUUGCACUCAACAUCAUCAUCAUCAUCAUGUGGAUGUGGAGAAGGAGGGUUUGUGAAAGGUGUGGUUACUUAUAUGGUGAUGGAUGAUUUGGAAGUGUCUCCAAUGUCUACCAUUUCAAGCAUAGCCCUCCUUAACAAGUUCGAUGUUAAAGAGAUUGGUGGUCUUCAGGAGAAGAUGGUUUCCAUUGGCGUGAAUGAGGGGUUGAAAUUAUUGAAGGCAGCUUUGCAGUCAAAAACUGUUCUCACCGAUGUGUUCCUGGCGGAGUAAGCAACUCCCAAGAUUUAGUUGAUAUCAAUUACUCUAUGCUUCCAUGUAUUAUUAUUAUUAUGUAAUCCAUUCCGGGUGGUGGAUAUUAAAGGAAAGUUUUAUAAGCUAUACUUCUUGAUUCUGCAAAUAUUUGAUUGUUACUACUUGAGGGGGGAAGAAUGUAAAAUUUGAUCAAGAUGUUUUAUUGAAAAUGCCUUCGUUUUGAUAAACCAUAAAAACUUCGUUAAUUGAUUUAUUAGUUUUUACC